GAGGACUGGACACUCUGGCCAAGAUGAAGGCUUUGCUCAGCGCCCUCCUCCUUCCGCUGCUUGUUGCCAUCAGCCAGGCCCAGUGCCCGCUCCCCAGCCAGCUCACGAACCCACACCCGAACGGCACCAAGGUCUGUUCCCAGAUGUACACGGACGACAGCCCCUACUACGACCUCUGCUGCGGCGGGAGCAUCCUGAUGGCCGUGGCAGGUGAAGACCAGCCGUACAUGCCCACAGCUUUCAACAACCAGAUCUCCUCGCUGGUGGUGGGCCAGCGCUGCGAGCUGACCGUCUGGUACAAGAAGGGCAAGGGUGGCAGCACGCGGAAGUUCAAAACCGGAGCAUAUCCACGCCUCCAGGAAUUCAAGAGGGGCCUCUUUGGCAACUGGGACAACGCCAUCUCCGCUUACUACUGCAAGUGCAACUGAGUCGGCUUGGCACGAGCCAGGAAGGGAGCUGCCACCGUCCUGCCCAUCCUCGCUCAGGUGACCUGCAGAGCCCCCCCACAUCUGAGGGUCCAAAAGCUGUGGACGCCAUCUCCCCACAUCUCCCCUUCUGCCCGCCUCCCUAGGAACACCCGCAGCUCAGCUGAAGAUCUUGGCCAGCCAGCAUGAGGCAGAAGAACUUGCAGCCCCAAACGGGCCUGGGCCUCCCCUGAGCUGAGCAUCCUGAGGCGGCCGGAAAACAGAACCAGAAGGUGAUUUCCCCCCCUCUCGCGGCCCCCAUAAUGGCAGCAGCACGUGCCUUUGAUCGGCUAAGGAACUCCUGGUCGUCCACUUUGAGCCCUGCCAGGUCUGUCACCUGGCGAGAAAGAUUUGUUCCAGCGGAUGCCUCAAGCUCUUCCACGCAGCCCUUCGCUCUCCUCCCUCCCGGGCGCUCUCUUCCCAAGACCCUCCCGGAGCAGGUGGCCCUCCCGCCUCAGCUCAGCCUUUACGGUUGCACCUCGGAAACCUCAUUAAAAGCAAAGCAGCUGAUUCUCAAAAA